AAAAAACACAUGUUUUCGACGGGUUUGCUUAAAAAAAAAAAAUAAAUAAAUAAAUAAUGAUUUUCAAUUUCCUGACAUGAGCAAAAUCACAUAAGGGGUCGGACGGACGGUUUCAAGAUGUGGGUGAUGGUGACUCCUCUGAGGCAAGGGUUGCGCCGGGGAAUGGGGACGGCGGGCAAAUUUUCAAAGAACGGUUGCGACAACUGCCCGGCUCAGGCGAAGAGGAAUCAGGAGAUGAAGGAGAAGAUCAACCAGUACACGCCGCCUCUCGGAAACUUCAUCCCGGCCCGGAAGACCGUCUCCUCGAUACCGUCCUUCGGCGUCGCCCGGAACGGCAUCUCCGUCUGCCCAGUCCAGUUGCAGAGGGUCGUCCAGACCCAGGAUAACAUCCAGAAGAAGCUUGGCGGGAUGAACGAGAAAAAGAAGUGACUUGGGGCCGUUCAAACAAAUAAAAUAUGAGCUCACAAAAUACACAAUAAAAAUAAUAAUUCCAAAAACACACUAAAACAGCGAUUUUAUUAUUUAAUAAAUCAAGAUAGUAAAGGUGAUUAAAAACUGCAAUACUGAAUAAUAACUUUUAUUUUUAUAUUUUUAAAUAAAUAAUACAAAUAAGA